AAAAGUGGCUUCGCCUGGGGGCGGGAGGCAGAGGUGCCCUCGGACAGAGGAAACAUGGCCGAGUAUACGCGGCUGCACAACGCCUUGGCGCUGAUCCGCUUCCGAAACCCGCCGGUCAACGCCAUCAGUAUGGCUUUACUCCGUGAAAUAGAAGAAGGACUACAGAAAGCUGUAACAGACCAUACAAUAAAAGCCAUUGUAAUUUGUGGAGCAGAGGGCAAAUUUUCUGCAGGUGCUGAUAUUCAUGGCUUCAGUGCUCCUAGGACCCUUGGCUUAUCACUGGGAAGUGUAGUAGAUGAAAUACAGAGAAAUGUGAAGCCCGUGGUGGCAGCAAUCCAAGGGAUGGCUUUAGGAGGAGGACUAGAGCUGGCCCUGGGCUGUCACUAUAGGAUUGCCCAUGCAGAGGCUCAAGUUGGCUUACCAGAAGUUACACUGGGACUUGUGCCUGGUGCAAGAGGAACCCAGCUUCUCCCAAGACUCAUCGGAGUUCCUGCUGCACUUGACUUAAUUACCACAGGAAGAUAUAUUUUAGCAGGUGAAGCACUCAAGCUGGGCAUUCUAGAUAAAGUUGUGAACUCAGACCCACUUGAAGAAGCAAUCAGAUUUGCUCAGAGAGUUUCAGAUCAACCUUUAGAAUCCCGUAGACUCUUCAACAAGCCAAUUCCGAGCUUGCCCAACAUGGACACCAUUUUUAGUGAGGCCCUCUUGAAGAUGCGGAAGCAGCACCCUGGGUAUCUUGCUCAGGAGGCUUGUGUCCGAGCAGUCCAGGCUGCUGUGCAGUAUCCCUAUGAAGUGGGCAGCAAGAAGGAGGAGGAGCUGUUUCAAUACCUUUUGCAAUCAGGGCAGGCAAGAGCCCUGCAAUAUGCUUUCUUAGCUGAAAGGAAAGCAAAUAAGUGGUCAUCUCCCUCCGGAGCAUCGUGGAAAACAGCAUCAGCGCAGCCCAUCUCCUCGGUUGGUGUUGUCGGCUUGGGAACAAUGGGCCGAGGCAUUGUCAUUUCUUUUGCAAGGGCCGGGAUUCCUGUGAUUGCUGUAGACUCAGACAAAAACCAGCUAGCAACUGCAAACAAGAUAAUUACCUCUGUCUUGGAAAAAGAAGCAUCCAAAAUGCAACAGAGUGGCCACGCUUGGUCAGGACCAAAACCCAGGUUAACUUCAUCUAUGAAGGAGCUUGGUGGUGUAGAUUUAGUCAUUGAAGCAGUGUUUGAGGACAUGAGCCUGAAGAAGCAGGUCUUUGCUGAACUCUCAGCUGUGUGCAAACCAGAAGCUUUUCUGUGCACCAACACUUCAGCCCUGGACGUUGAUGAGCUUGCUUCUUCCACAAGUCGCCCUCACUUGGUCAUUGGCACUCACUUCUUUUCACCAGCUCAUAUCAUGAAGUUGCUAGAGGUUAUUCCCAGCCGAUACUCUUCCCCCACGACUAUUGCCACUGUUAUGAACUUAUCAAAAAAGAUUAAAAAGAUUGGGGUCGUCGUAGGCAACUGUUUUGGAUUUGUGGGGAAUCGAAUGUUGAAUCCUUAUUACAAUCAGACAUAUUUCUUAUUAGAAGAAGGCAGCAAGCCAGAGGAAGUAGAUCAGGUGCUGGAAGAGUUUGGUUUUAAAAUGGGACCUUUUAGAGUGUCCGAUCUUGCUGGGUUGGAUGUAGGCUGGAAAUCUAGAAAGGGGCAAGGUCUUACCGGACCUACGUUGCCUCCAGGAACUCCUGCCCGAAAAAGAGGCAAUAGGAGAUACUGCCCAAUUCCUGAUGUGCUCUGUGAAUUAGGACGAUUUGGCCAGAAGACAGGUAAGGGCUGGUAUCAAUAUGACAAGCCAUUGGGUAGGAUUCACAAACCUGAUCCCUGGCUUUCCACAUUCCUAUCACAGUAUAGAGAAACCCAUCACAUUGAACCACGUAUCAUCAGCCGGGAUGAGAUCCUGGAGCGCUGCUUAUAUUCACUUAUCAAUGAAGCCUUCCGUAUCUUGGGAGAAGGGAUUGCUGCUAGCCCAGAGCACAUUGAUGUUGUCUAUUUACAUGGAUACGGAUGGCCAAGGCACAGGGGCGGGCCCAUGUUCUAUGCUUCCACAGUUGGGUUGCCCACUGUUCUAGAGAAGUUGCAGAAAUAUUACAGGCAGAACCCUGAUAUUCCCCAACUGGAGCCCAGUGACUAUCUAAAAAAGCUGGCUUCUCAGGGAAACCCUCCCCUGAAAGAAUGGCAAAGCUUGGCAGGCCCCCCCAGCAGCAAGUUGUGAUUCAGCCUCCCAGCUUAUGCCCCACAUGCUAGCAUCAGGUAAUGCGCACUGAAGUUCAGUGAAAUUAAAUCCGAAAAUCCAAAGUAAGAUUGUUCUGAAAUACAAAGCGAAAGAAAUAAUCAGUAGAGUCUUCUGUGCGACGACGCUAAUGGUCAGAUCUUUAGGCGUGUGCUUCCCAUGCCUCUGAAUCUGCCCCUAUCAGAUGAAUUCAGUGCAUGAACCUGUGUGAAUGUAAUACCAUAAUAGCGGAUGAAAGAGGCUCAGGCAUAAAUGAUUCUCAAGUGCGGUGAUCGUUGGAGAAAUGUGUCAUCAAUUAAUAAAUGAUAAAUGC